UGGCGCUUCGUUUCCGUUCGGAGUGUGCCGGACUGUAAACAAACGCAGCGCGAACGUGUGCACUGAGUUUCUGUUCGUUUAAUGAAUCUGAUAUAAUUUAAACUUUUCUAGGUCUAUUUCAGACUGCAAGCCUCCGGUGUUUGCUGUGCAGGUGAUGCCAAGCUCCUGUCCUGAGUGCGGCUCCAGUAACGUGGUGGAAGAUGAUUUAUACUCUCAGAAACAGUGGGUCUGUGAGGACUGCGGCUCUCUCGUUUCAGAGGGAGUUUUCACCACCACACUCAGCGAUGAGCAACAGAGCAGAACGAUCCCAUAUUACAUCAGCACAGAAGUGACCAAGAGACCAUGUGCAAAUCUCGUUAAAGGUUUGGGCCGGGUUCGGGCCCUGUGCCGGAUCCUCAGGUUAUCCAGUGACAUGGAGAUGGGAGCAGUGAGCCUUUUUGAGCGCGCCUACAACCACCCGACCUUCAUACACGUCCGCUUACUGAAGAAAGAAGUUCUAGGGGGGUGCUGUGUUCUGAUCACCUGCAGGCAGAAGAACUGUCCCAUCACUAUGGGAACCAUUAGCAGUCUGCUGGACGCAGACUCGGCUUUAAUAGGAAUGGUUUACCAGGAUCUGAUCAAAGCUCUGAGCAUCGAACCCACCACCACCAGCAUCAGCGACAUGCUGGAGAGCUACUGCUACGGGUAUAAGCUCUCCCCUGGCGAAGUGUCGGAGGUCUUUGCGGAGCCUACCCGGCGGUUGGUGGAGCGUAGCGCCGCCCUGGUGGAGCUGGCGGCUGAUACAUGGCUGGUGACCGGCCGGCACCCCCUGCCCAUCCUCAUGGCUUGUGUUUAUGUAGCAUGGCAGUCUCUAAAGCCCAUGGACCGUAUGAAGUGCACGCUGAAUAAGUUCUGUCAGAUCAGCAGGCUGAGUAAGGAGGUGUGUGCGGAGAGGAAGGAUACAGUGCAGAAGCGGAUCAGCGAGCUCAGGCAUGUGCUGUGUAAGUUGGGCAGGGAGCUGCCCUGGCUAAGAGGGGACACUGUGGAGCCCAGCACAGUCGCCAGGCUGGUGGACGACAUCCUGAAGCACCGGCAGACUCUGAUGCUGAAGGCUUUGAGGCACUAUGAGCAGGAAGCAGAGCCUGAUCUCUCUGACUGUACAGCCACUGAUGAAGCUGACCAGCUGCCCAUCACUGACCCUGCAGCACCGUCCCAGCCUUUAUUGACCAGCAAACUGGACCAGAAGGACCAGCUUUCAGGAAAGGACAUGGAUAUUUUAAAGACAUCUGGUCAGUCUGAACUAAAAUGUGGAGAUAAAGCUGUAGAGGAAAGUGUGCCCCCUGCUGGUCAAGAGCACUGGGGGAAAAGGCACCUGUUCCUGCCCCCGUCUGUCAGAACUGAGAAGCGGCCGCGAGUGGAUGCUCCUGAACUGACCGUGACAGGCUAUGAGGAAAUAUCGGACAGUGAAAUAGAAGCGUACAUUCGCUCGCCAGAGGAGGUCAGGAGAUAUUUAGCAGUGAAAAGAAAGCUGAAGGAUGAUGAGGAUUGAUUUCUUCUCCACACAGGGCUGUUUUUGAUCUUUGAAGCUAAUAAUAAUAAUUAUAGCACAUGUUACUUUUUUUUUUGCUGCUGCUGCUGUUAUUUGUACUACUGUUCCUUCAAAGUGAGGCUAAUACUGAGAGUUUUACUGAGUAUUAGAGAAAUGCACUCGGCACUGUCCACGCUCAGAAACAAUCACUAUUAUUAUUAGAAUGACUAGAGUUUGUGCAGCGCAGGUAGAUUCGUGAUCCUGCUUCUUUCUGUUAUUAUCAGGUAUAAACAGUACUAAGCCAGUAGCAUCAGGACCAAAAUUAUUAUACAGCAAAUAUAUGGAAAACAUGGAAAAAGUGAUCUUAUGUUCUAGAUAUGUUACUUUAUAGAUGCCUGCCCUUGCCAGCUCCUCCUGGACUUUCAGAGGGUUAAAACAAAGCACUAAAAAGGUACUGAAAUGUGAAUCUUCAGAAAGUUUCUGCAUCGUUUUGUGUGAGGUGUAAACAGUCAUUCAGAGUGGUUUGAUGUGAAAUGGUUGAGAUUUCUUUACAGUGGUGGUGAUGGGAACCAGGGGUCAACCAUGACUACACCAAAAAUAUAGACAUUUUGUUUACCAUCCAAAACCUCCAGUAAAGCUAAACAUGUCUUCUGAGUUUUAUAUAGAAUGUUGAUGAUGGAAAAUAAGAAAUACGUUGUUUUUGCCUCCCAACUCACCGCAUAUGUCCCUCCACCAUGAAUAGGUUUAAAACAUGACUUUUUGGGGGACUAUUUUGCCUCAUAGCACCCUGCAUGUCAUGUAUCCGUCCAACAUGAAAGGGUUUUAAUUUCAUAAAACUAUCAUAAAACAGUGUCUCAGUCAUCAGGCAGUGAAUUCAUAACCAUUUAAUGUAAUAUCUUUCUGUGAGGGAGCUUUCAGAGGUGGACGACCGCUUCCUAUCAACACCACUGUGAACAAUUCUGACUCUGUAAGCUUCUCUAGAAUCUAUUUGUUUAAGUAUUUAAUUAUGCAGGAAUUUUCCAAAGUUUGAAAACUCUACUUCUAAGGCCUUAUUAACCGGAUAACUUCGACAGCUUUCAUUUUACCUGUUUACAUAGAUUAAGUAGCCUGUAGUGUGUAUGGCAUCAGUGCAAUAUGUUUAAUAUAGCUCCACUUAUUACUUCCUGAACUGCUUCAUUUGCAAAGUCCUUUACUGAGUUCUACUUCUUAAAACCAAGUUAUUUUAAAGACGCACUCCUAUCCUUAUUAUUUUUUUGUUAUGAAAAUAAUUUUUUAUUUUUGCCCCACUUUUUGUCCUUCUGACCUGGGAAUAAACGUAUUGCCCUUCAUAAGAAGAAGAAUUCAUUUGAACCAUUUAUUUGUUCAUUACUUAGUCUUAAAGGUUAAACUAAGGUUGAUAAGGCAGCUGCUUUAAUUAUGCUGAUUGUCUUCAUUUAUUUGCAUCCUGCAGAAAAAUAAGCUGCUUGGAAGCACAAUAUGAUUUAGCAGAGUGAUGCCAUGACAACAGCGCAGGAGCCACUCAUUUCAUUCUACUUAUUAGUCUAAUAAACAUCUCUCUUGCUUACUGCCCUA